UUCAUAACAUUAUCUUUAAAAUCAUCAUUUCAUAAAUCAAUGUUGUUAAGUGUCAAUAUGCAUGAAUUAGGUUACUUAUUCAUUGCACUAAACUUUAUAUUAUAUUUUUUAAUUAUAAUAUGUUUGAAAUGAUACAUAAAUUUGCAUAAAGGUAGAAAGAAGAUGUGGAAACUCAAGAUUGCUGAAGGCCAUGGCCCUUAUUUAUACAGCACGAAUAAUUUCGUGGGUCGACAAAUUUGGGAGUACGACCCAAACGGGGGAACUCCCGACGAGCGUGAAGCUUUUCAAAAAGCCCGCGAACAAUUUGAUGAGAAUAGGAAGAAGGGAUUUCAUUCUUGUGGUGACCUAUUCAUGAGAAUGCAGCUAAAAAAGGAAAGUGGAAUUGAUCUGCUGGGCACACCGCCAGUUAGAAUCGGAGAAGACGAACAGGUGACGUAUGAAACGGCGACAGUGGCCGUGAAGAAAGCUCUACGGCUCAACCGCGCCGUCCAAGCGAGCGACGGCCACUGGCCCGCCGAAAAUGCGGGCCCCAUGUUCUUCACUCCUCCACUGAUUAUUGCUCUGUACAUAAGUGGAGCGAUCAACACGAUUUUGACCUCGGAGCACAAAAAGGAAUUGGUCCGUUACAUCUACAACCAUCAGAAUGAGGAUGGUGGGUGGGGUUUUUACAUAGAAGGACACAGUACAAUGAUUGGUUCGGCCCUCAGCUAUGUUGCCCUGCGGCUGUUAGGAGAGGGGCCGGACAGUGGCAAUGGGGCCAUCUCGAGUGCCCGCAAAUGGAUCCUCGAUCACGGUGGAGCCACCGGGAUUCCCUCGUGGGGAAAAACCUAUCUCUCGGUUCUUGGAGUGUAUGAUUGGGAUGGGUGCAACCCACUCCCCCCGGAGUUUUGGUUGUUCCCUUCGUUUUUCCCGUAUCAUCCAGCAAAAAUGUGGUGCUACUGUCGCACAACUUACAUGCCCAUGUCUUACCUCUAUGGUCGAAAGUACCACGGACCAAUCACGGACCUUGUUUUAUCCCUCAGGGAUGAAAUUCACGUCAAGCCCUAUGAUCGGAUAGAUUGGAACAAGGCACGUCACGAUUGUUGUAAGGAUGAUCUUUACUAUCCGCAUACAUUCGUACAAGAUUUGUUAUGGGACAGCCUUAAUUAUUUCACUGAACCGGUAAUGAGACGUUGGCCGUUGAACAAGAUAAGGCAAAAGGCUAUGGAUAAAGCUAUCAAGUACAUGCGCUAUGGGGCUGAAGAGAGCAGAUAUAUUACCAUUGGGUGUGUUGAAAAGAGUUUGCAGAUGAUGUGCUGGUGGGCACACGAUCCAAACGGGACAGAGUUUAAACAUCACUUAGCUAGGGUGCCCGAUUAUCUCUGGCUCGCAGAGGAUGGCAUGAAAAUGCAGAGUUUUGGAAGUCAACUAUGGGACAGUACUCUUGCAACUCAAGCAGUUAUUUCGACCGGAAUGGUUGAGGAAUACGGAGACUGUCUUAAAAAGGCGCACUUCUAUAUAAAAGAAUCUCAGAUAAAGGAGAAUCCUAUCGGUGACUACAAAGGCAUGUAUCGUCAUUUCACUAAAGGCGCGUGGACUUUCUCCGAUCAAGAUCAGGGUUGGGUCGUAUCCGAUUGCACAUCUGAAGCACUUAAGUGCCUGCUAUUGCUGUCACAAAUGCCGGCUGAAAUCUCUGGAGAAAAGCCAGAUGUUGAGCGCUUGUACGAGGCUGUCAAUGUGCUUCUUUAUUUGCAGAGUCCUCUGAGUGGCGGAUUUGCCAUCUGGGAACCCCCAAUAGCGCAGCCAUAUUUGCAGGUUUUGAACCCCUCAGAACUUUUCGCCGACAUAGUUGUCGAGCAAGAGCAUGUGGAAUGCACGGCAUCCAUAGUCCAAGCUCUCCUAUCUUUCAAACGCAUGCACCCGGGCCAUCGAGAAAAAGAAAUAGAGCUGUCGGUAGCAAAGGCACUGCAUUUCUUGGAAGAAAAACAGUGGCCUGAUGGCUCAUGGUACGGCUACUGGGGGAUUUGUUUCCUGUACGGCACGUUUUUCGUGCUCGGAGGAUUGGCGUCCGCCGGUAAAACAUAUAAUAACAGUGCAGCCGUUAGAAAAGGUGUCGAAUUUUUUCUGUCGACACAAAAUGAGGAAGGCGGGUGGGGUGAAAGCCUGGAGUCCUGCCCAAGCAUGAAAUACACACCAUUAGAAGGGAACCACACGAAUUUGGUGCAAACAUCAUGGGCAAUGCUUGGUCUUAUGUAUGGGGGACAGGCGGAGAGGGAUCCGACGCCUCUGCAUAGAGCGGCAAAGUUGUUGAUUAAUGCACAGAUGGAUGAUGGGGACUUCCCUCAACAGGAAAUAACCGGUGUCUACAUGAAGAAUUGUAUGUUGCACUAUGCACAAUACAGGAAUAUUUUUCCACUGUGGGCUUUGAGCGAGUAUCGUAAACGAGUCUGGCCUUCGCAAAGCCUGUGAACAAACUAUGUAAGCUUAAUGCAUAUUCACAAACAGAUGAAAAUUGGCAAAGAUGAUGAAAAAUAUAUAUAGUACAAUAAUCAAGCUCAAAGAGUUAUUUAUUACGUACUCUUUUUUUUUUUCUUCUAUGUACAUUUGUGUAUGAUCAAAGACUAAUUAAUACCACUAUUUACCAAAAGGGAAUUACAAUUGAUGAAAUUAUUUAAGUUUUGGUUCAUAAUUUACUUUCAUGUGAAACAUGUAAAUAACAAAGCUUAAGACAGUGACAGGG